AUGCCAAUGACCACGUCCUCAUCCGACCAAGGCGCCACGGGGGCUGCCAAAUUCGUCACUUCGACUGUCGGUAACACGGUCGGCGGUCUCGCCCGUACUGUCGGCGGCAUCACCGGCGCAGCGGGCCGCGGGAUCGGCGAAACCCUCACCGGCGCCACAGGCAGUUUGGGCCGACCUGUGGGCGACGGCCUGGCGAAUGCGGCGACGGGCGUGGAGAACGGGACUCGGAAAGUCGCGCAGGGGGUGGAAGAUGCUGGAGAGUGGAAGAGCGGAGCGAGACGGUUUUGA